AUGACAUUCCACUUCGACCUGCAAGCUAGGAAAUGGAGAACAAAACCUUCUACUGUGGCCCAGGGAGAGGGGCUUAUUGAGCUUAGAUUCCGCUUGUGUGAUAGGAAAGAUAUAGCACGCGGUAAUUACGAGCCCUCUAUGUCUGUUUCAACUCUCAAGGAAAAGAUUGUUGCUGAGUGGCCCCAAGGCAAUAAGGUGACACCAGAGUCGAUAAACGAUUUGAAACUCAUACAUGCUGGUAAAGUUCUGAGAAACAACAAAACCCUCGCUUGUUGCACAAAAAAAGUUGGUGACUUUCCCGAUGAUGUUAUCACCAUGCACGUGCUAGCGCAGCCUGCUAAAUCAAAACGCAAGACAGCAAAUAACAAAGAGGAGUUGCCGAAGCUGAAUGCAUGCGGAUGUAUUAUUCUUUAAUCCAUAAACAUCCUCUAUAGUUUUCAACUUGCUAGCUGAAAAUGAUCUAGCUUUUCACGCUUAUACCUCUAGUUUGUCUCUGUCUGAUUUGCUUGUGGAAAUGGAGUUCAUCUGAAUAUUGGCUGCCUUCAACCAUAGAACUCAGGUACACUGUUUCUCUGUAACCAUCCUCCUAGCGGUAAAAUUAGGCUAUCUGAAAAUCAAAUUUUGUGUAAGCUACGUUUGCCCCAUAGAGGCUAAUGAAAUCUAUUUGGAAAAGAGAUAAUGUUAAUUUGGGCAAAUUAACAAUGCUUUGCACAUGAAUGAUAU